UAUAGUAAUUAAUUUGGCCAAAAUAUAUUUGGAUCAAAAUUCUCUGGUAAAAAAAGUUACAGAACCUCCCAAACAAUUCUUUAAAUUAAAAAAAUAUAUAUACUAAAUUAAAGCUCUGUUAAAUUAGCUAUGGAGUUUGAGAAUCAAGGAGAGAAAAAGAGAGAAGAAGACAUUGCCAUGGGGCCUAGCAGCUAUGAAUCUCUUGGGAAUUUCAAACCAGCUCCGCCCAAAAUUCUUUCUUUCGUUCCCGGCGCCGCCGUGCCCGGCGGCGGCGGUUUUGCGCUCAUGGAACCGCCUCUUCAGAUGAGGAAGCCGAGGUACAGGGAGUGCCUCAAGAACCACGCGGUGGGCAUCGGCGGGCACGCCGUGGACGGCUGCGGCGAGUUCAUCCCCGCCGGAGAGGACGGCAGCCUCGACGCCCUCAAGUGCGCCGCCUGCAACUGCCACCGCAAUUUCCACCGCAAGGAGACAGAGCUCUCCCCCGCCGCCGCCGCCGCCGUGGCACCGGUCCACUUCGGGUACCCCCACCAGCGCCACCCCUCCGGGUACCUCAACCACCUUCCCCCGCCCCCGCCGCCGCUAGCCCUGCCCUCCACUUCCGGCGGCGGAUACAGAGAGGAGACCACGGCGGAUGACGCCAUGGACAUUUCGACCCAGAACGGCGGCGGCGGCGGCGGAGGGGGGUCGAAGAAGAGGUUCAGGACCAAGUUCAGCCAGGAGCAGAAGGACAAAAUGUUCGAGGUGGCGGAGAGAUUGGGGUGGCGGAUUCAGAAGGACGACGAGGCGGCGGUGCAGCAGCUCUGCCGCGACUACGGCGUUCGCCGGCAUGUUUUCAAGGUUUGGAUGCAUAACAACAAACACACCCUCGGAAAACAACCUUAGAUUCACAAGAAAAAGAAAAUCUAAUCAAAUCUUGUUGAUGAAGACCAAGAAUUUCAAUUUCCAUUUUAGGCUACUCUAUAUAUAAUUAUUAUUCCAUAAAUAUGUUCUUGUUCUGUAUCAUCUUAAUUAUUAUUGGUAUUAUUUGUAGUAGUACUAAUUUUAGAAAAAAUAUUAAAUCUUGAGUGUAGAU